UGCGCAGUACUAAAGUCUGCUAAAUGCUAAGACCAAGAUGGCGUCUCUCAGGACCUCACUCUUAAGUCAGAGUCUCGCUACUCACACUAAAUUAUGGUAUCUGAUUGAUGCCAAGGAUCAAGUCGUGGGUCGCUUGGCAGUGAUGGUUUCGCUUAUUCUUCAAGGGAAAACCAAACCAAUCUACCAUUCUUCUGUUGAUACAGGUGACUAUGUUGUUAUAAUUAAUACACGAAAAGUCGUUUUUACCGGACAAAAAUGGAACAAGAAACUAUACAGGCAUCACACUGGAUAUCCUGGAGGAUUAAAAGAAAUAUUGAGUAAAGAUGUACACAAGAAAGACCCCACCAAAGUGCUCUAUAAAGCUAUUAAUGGCUGCCUGCCUAAGAAUGGUAUGAGACUAAAGAGAAUGAAUCGUCUGUAUCUCUUUCCUGACGAAGAACAUCCUUAUGCUAAGAAUAUCUAUAAAGUAUUGGAUGGGCCGUGUCAGCCGUUUAAAAAACUAGAGGACUUCACAAUAGAAGAAAUAGAAUCCUUUCCUAACCUUAGAAAUGAUUUUAAAUUUAAACAAUAAUUACAUUAUUAUACCAGAGAAAUUCCCACAUAAAUUGAA